GGGGCACACUGUCUUCACACUUUUCGGUUCAGGCGCUUCAGUACGGUUCGGAAUGGCGCCGGUAGACGCGGUCAAUCUGCAGCCCUAGCACCGGCUUCCAAUCGGAGCAGAUGGUUCGACGGGAAACGGCCCCGUAAUCCACGAGACUGAUGUGCUCCAGCGGUAAUUGGUGGGGCCUCACACAUACACGCUCAGUGUGCGCGUGUCAGCUGGUCUGGAGGUCACGAUAUAUGGUUUGCCCCUAGCGGCAAGUGCAAUUAAUCGUGUUUCGUGCCGAGCCGCGUGUGUAGAACGACCGUACCAGAGUCGAGUGAUAAGAAACAGUGAAGAACGCAGCUACAGCCGAGUGUUCUGCUCCGGUCUGUUGUACACACGACAUCAAGCACAUCGCAGCGGAGCGGAUUGUAGCUUAGAAUUUUGCAAGCUUCAACUUGUUGUUCGGUACGGUCAACGAUCAGUGCGAGUUUAAGUAUUUUAGUUGCAAAUCUAUCAGAAGUUCUCAGUGAGUGUUUUAUCAAAGUCACCAAGAAUGCAUCCGAACCUGGAAUCGAAUUCACGAAAGAAUCCACCUGCCAAAUGCUUCACGGCACCAGUGUUACCGCCUCUAACACGUCACAAGUGCCCGCCAAAUCACGAGAUUCUGUUCGUCACUUCAAACCCUCGCUCGUUCGUAGGUUUAGUGAGGCUGUCGCCUAUUCCGUCCGGCUCGUAAAAGGGUAACGUAGUGUUAAUCAUAGUCACACAUCCGGUCGUCGUGUGCUGUGUGGAUCGCGUUUACUGUGAUGCGAUUAUUCGUCGUCCGUCGGCGACCAAGUGAUUUGAAUUUGAUGCCUGGUGGAUGUGAAUCGGUGUGCAUUCUAUGAGUAAGCCUCCGAAGUGUAUGAUGCAAUGUAAAGAAAUGUGCAGUGAGUGAUCCAAGGGAAUUGAAUAUUACGUCCGAAAGUAGUGCUGUAAAUGUGAUAAAUCUAGAAAAUGUUGGUAUCAGAAUCUUGGGAUAAAUCGAUCAUCUGCUAUGGAAUUUUAAGGAUGAAUUUGCAUACACCCUUCGGCUCGUUUUGUGUGACGAAUGUGCAAAGUGCUUUCAUAUCAACAGUGUAACAGUGUUCUGCUGUAAGGCUACCUCAUGAAAAUUGUAUCAAUGUAACGAUCAUACACCAUUCGCAGUGCUAUAAUGUUCCUCUUGUUGUCGAUUAUCAUAGUUCGAAUUAAACAAAUUUUGCCAAUUGUAUAAGUGUUUGCAAAUAGUGAGUGAUUUCAGUGAAGUGAGUGUGUAGUGUGUCGGUGUGUCACGCAACGAAGAAACAUCAAUUCAAUCCUCUUGCUUGCUCGUUUAGUGAAGAUGAUGAUUGUCUGUUAACAAAAAAAAAAAAAACCCGCGUCAAACCGUUCCACAAGUGCAUUCAGCCAGUAUGAUCCGUGUAGCUCGCUCGUGCCCGCUCGUUUAAUCAAUCGUUCGCGCUAAUGGAGUGUUUAUCAUUUCUUACCGUUUGUUCUUGUUUAGUUUCGUUCUGUUCGUCUUCUUCCUCCACCGUCCGGUUUGUGUUGUUGUGCCUGUGUUCGUUUGCCUUCGUGUGCCGUGCGUGUCCGUGCGUCGACGGCAGAGAAAAUGUUAGCUAUGCGUCGCGAAAGUGAACCCAUCUACGGUAGUGUAAGUGCAACGUCCAACCUCAAUCUGCUGCAUCAUCACGCGCAUCACCAUCACCAUAGUCACCACCACCACCAUCAGCAGGUGGUACACGCUUCGUCCGGACAUUCACAUCCUUCGAACGGUACCGGAGCAGUGACGGACCCAUCGCCAACUGUACGCCCGUCCGAGAACCGAACAUUGGGCGACUCGGCUACCGUAGCCGGGUCGGAUCAUACGGUUGACCAGGGCGGUGUGUACCAGGCACAUCAGCAUCUCGCUCAGCAACAGCAGCCGGCCCAGGAUCAUCAGCAGCCGGCACUGCAUCACCAUCAUCACCAUAGUCACCGGACGUCGUUGUCACCGGUAACGUCGGCCAGCUACGGGCACGCAGGAUUCGCCAGUCUCUGCAACGGCUCGUCGUCGUCGUCGUCCGGCGGCCUGUAUCCGGGGUUCAAUAGCUUCGGACUGAACGCCUCCAACGGUAGCUCCGGGUUAGCCGGCGCUGGACGAUCCACACACCCGGCGGCAUCCAGUCUCGACGAGUACGUCGACAUACUGCAGGUCCAGCAAUUGCUGCUGGAGAAUUCUUCAUCCGCAGCCGCAUCGGCCAGCAGCUCGACGGUGGCGAGCAUAACAACAGCAUCCUGUACCUCCACCACCGCCACCACCUCCACCACCUCCUCUUCCACCCUUCCCACCAGUUCCUCGUUGUCCCACCACCCAUCCACCGUCUCCACGGCAUCCUUCUUCUCACCAACGUCCGCUCCAUCGACCAGCUCCUCGGCAGCGUUCAAUGCUAAAAACCGUCCAAAAGUUAACCUCCAGAAAGCGGCCGAGUUUUCAGCGGCGGCAGCAGCGGCGGCAGCGGCAGCGGCAGCAGCAAACCAGCUUCAAGGUGGCGUUGCCCCUGGACCACCAGCCGCUGCCAUGAUCAUGGAAGGGCUAGAAACGUUGGUUGCGCCAUCGCAUCACACAUUCCUGCUGACCGAGUCAGCGGCCGCAGCACACUUUAACGUGCUGAGCUUCGAUACGUGCGGCCUGUUUAAGACGGGCACCACGACCACCUCGCUCGGGCUGAACAACAACAGCACGACGACACCGAACAACAACCAUCAUCAUCACCUGUACCACCCGUACCAUCAUCAAACGGCCGUCAGUACUGCGACCGCCCUUGCCCAUCAUCAGCCCCAUCAUCACCAUCAUCAUACGGCAACUCAGCAACAGCAGCAACAGCAGCAGCAGCAGCAGCAGCAGCAACAGCAUCAGCACAAUUCAUCCGCCAGCACGAUUGUCUCAUCGUCGGCCGUAUCAUCGGCGAUAGCCAGUGCUGCCAGCUCGACCGCGAUCACUACGCACACGACAGCCACGACAAGCGUGACCGCUUCACACACCUCCCACGGUCACCAUCAUCAUCAUCCGCAUCUGAGUCUGCUCAGUACCGGCGGCAGUGGCACCGGUAACUCCGGUGGCGCCGGCCAUCACUCGAACGACAGCUCGACCCUACACUCCGGCACCGGUGACGAUCAUUCGCAAUCGCAAACGGACGCACAGGCCGGCGAUCUCAACACCCCGGUAACCACCUCCGGUGACAUCCCGUCGUUCUUUGGACCCUCGACGGUCGUCGAACCACCGCCGAUUACCGGAUCAAUCGAAUCGGACGAUCUCUCGCUGGAACCGCAAACGGUGUCCAGCCCGUGCGUCAGCCUCUGCAGCCCAACGAAGCAGGAGCGCAGCACACCGCAAUCGAUCGCCAACGAGGAAGAGGCUAGCAAUACCAGCAGUACCAACACGAUGUACCCAUCGUCCGGCUCACAGCAACAGCAGCAGCAGCAGCAGCAACAGCAGCAACAGCAACAACAGCAACAGCAGCAACAACAACAUUCGCUCCACGGUCAGAUUCGCGUUGCCGGUUUGGCCAGCGUCACGGGUGGCGCCGACAUGCAUCACGGCAGCAAUGACGGUGUCCAAUCGUCCGAUGCGAUCGAGAACAAGAUCUCUUACCGCGGCAUUUUCACGGCGAGCGGCAGCCCCAGCAUGGGCCUGCAGGCGGGCAACGUGGGCAUGCCGGGCUCGGGUCAGAUGUCACCGACGGCCGGUUUGGGUCCGGCCAGCUGGGGUUUGCCCAGCCCCGACAAGAGCCUAUUCCAGGCGCCCAUGUUCGGUCUGCUCGGACCGCAGGCCACCAGCGCAACACAGGGUGUGUCCGCUACCUCGCCAUCGAUCGGCCAGCACCAUCAGCAUCACUACGGAACCGGAGGAGAUGAGCGGGGUCACAGCCACGGGCACGGUACCGGUACGGAGCUGCUCGGACUAAACAUGGACUGUGCGAGCAUUAUCCUGAAGCAGCCACCGAGCUACAACAGCUGUGUUGGAUCGCUGGAUAUGCAGCAGAGCCAGGACAUGCAUUCGUACGGUCGACAGACUCAGGCAGGCUUAGGCAUGAGCCAAAAGUACCAGUGGUUGGACUCGCCAGUCGAUCCGUACGUUGGUAGCCCUCAGCACGGAUCGGUCGUCCUGCCCGGACCCUCCUCGACGCCCAUCUCCGUCGGGCCAAUCAUUCCCAAGCAGGAACCGUACUCCACGCCGAACGCCUGCACGUCCGAUUCGAGUCAGCUCGGUGGACUGACGCCGGCACAAGCCGCACAACAGGCCCAAUACGCCGUCCAGCUGGCCGAGUACAAUCAGGCCACCAGCAAGGGUCACGAGAUCCUUUCGCAGGUCUAUCAGCAGAGCACGAUGCCGUUGAAGCUGGUGCCCGUCAAGCCGAGGAAGUACCCGAACCGACCGAGCAAGACACCCGUGCACGAGCGACCCUAUGCCUGCCCGGUAGAAAACUGUGACCGGCGGUUCUCGCGCUCGGACGAACUGACCCGACAUAUCAGGAUCCACACCGGACAGAAGCCGUUCCAGUGUCGGAUCUGCAUGCGCUCGUUUAGCCGCUCGGACCACCUGACGACGCACAUCCGUACGCACACGGGUGAAAAACCGUUCUCCUGUGACAUUUGUGGCCGCAAGUUUGCCCGCUCGGACGAGAAGAAACGUCACGCCAAGGUGCAUCUGAAGCAGCGCAUCAAGAAGGAGAAAAACUCGAGCAGUGGAGGUAGCAGCAGCGCCAACAACAGCAGUGCCUCCACCGCUCACCAUACCCACCACGCGCAGCAGCAGCAGCAGCAGCAGCAGCAACAGCAGCAACACCACCAUCAGCAGCAACACCAUCAGCUGGGCCAUCAUCCGGGACAUCCGGGGAUGCACGCGCAUCAUCUGCUCACGCACGACGAUCUCACCGGUAUCCCGAUCGUGUCAUCCUCGUCGAACCCGGCCAACAGCAGCUUGUAGACCGAGCUUUCGUCGAUCGAUAUUAUGCGAUUGAAUGAUCCCCAGAUCGAGCUAGUCCACGACGAUCCGUUCAUGGGCUACAUCAACGAAGAUACCACCGUGGAAGAAACGUCCGACCGGGCCGAAGUUACCGUCGCACCCGCUUCGCCGCUUGCCAUCGUGGACGAGGUGUCCUCGAGCGGAGAAGAUCCAGAUCCAGUGGCUCAGCCUCACCCGGUGGAUACUGUCCCCUCGGACGAGGAGCUGGAUGUGGGUGAAAACAGUCGAACGGAGGCUAUUGCUAGUAUCGAAAAAUCGCUCGCCACAGCCCCAGUCGCUUCCGUGCAACGGUCGGUGGAACCGUCACCAACCACUGCUACCACCGCGGCACAACACCGACAACCGUUUGUGAUUGUUUUACUGAUGGAGUAAGGCAGUGUGGUAGCAAUGUCCACCGCCAAAUCGUAUACGAUUGAUAGCAACCCAUCGUGCCGGAACGACGUUACGGUCCGAACCGAAACUUCGCUUACCUGUAGUGCCAUAUACUGGACGUGUCAACCCAUCAGCAAGUCAUCAAAGCAAGCCGAGAUAAGCUCAACAAACCAGCAGAACAAGUGAGAACAUUACCAAUCCGCACAAUACCGUUUGACGAAAUAGAAAUACCACCAUCUCUCCACAUGCAAAGCGCAAUAGAAAACGGGAAGGUUUUGCAAACUUUGGACACAAGUAAGUCAUAGCAAACUGGACGAAAGAGAAAAAAACGAAGAAGAAGAAGAAGAAGAUGAAACUCACCUUUUUUAUACAAACAUCUACACAUCUAAAGCUAAGGGAUAGACGAUAGACGAUCUUUAAGCAACUUUGCAAUCAAGCUACACACAGUAUUUACAUGUCGACAGUGUUCUUGCACCUUAACGCUCUCUCAAUUCUGCACACAUCACAUCACAUCACCACCUUUUUCCGGAACGUAUACUCGAUUGCACUCGCGAUGAUGACGCGAUCCUCCACGAUCAGUGUUGAAUGUUACCGCCUCAUCGUCAGGACCUCGUUAGCUUACUUUCACCCAUUUUUCACUACGAUCCCUGACGGUGGGUGCGUUCAAGAUCUGGGGUGCUAUUUGGUGAAGUGGUCGGUGUCACCCGAAUACGAAGAAAGCCCUCAACGAAGCGUUCGGGUUUGCUCUUAUUAGUCUCUUAUAUCUCUUAGAAUACUGUGAUCUCAUUUUUUCGUAUAGGCGCCACACACAACAAAACAACGACGGAAACUCGUGUGAGAUUUUUCCGAAACAUUUACGAAAACACGUACACUGAGAGGGAACCUCCCAGAGCAAGCAGAAUUGCAAGAAGAGAAAGGAAACCGGGGAACACGAAUCGGGUGCGAUACAAAAUCGAGCUAAGCUGCAUACUUUAAGCGUAUUGCCUUUCAGUAGGUAAUCUAACAAAUUGAUUCAAAUUUACAUGAUCAUUCGGAUGCGGGGGUUAAGAGCUAGGGGGCUAGGGGCUGCGCACAAGAUUGUGAGGAUGUCAUGUCAUACGAUACACCCGUCACAGCAGCAAAAGCCCGGCUGCCAUUGUCGCUGUACGCCAUUUACGCCACCUGGGAUAUAUUAAACUUGUCGGCACUAGGUGUUUGGUAGGGUUUGGUUGGUUCUGAUCUCACCCCAUCAGCCACACACACACACACAGGCCCAUGCAAACCUGGCGCUAGCUCUGGAUAGGAAUUUUAACGUAUUUUUCAAUGUUUUAAAUUACCUGGGCCGGUCAUCAUCCUGUGGUGGCUGAUAUGAGCCUCGUGCGCUCUCUUUCUCUCUCUAUUUUUCUUCCAAGUAACAAACCAGUUUGGCUAAUAUAUAAGUGAAUCAAAUGAAAGGGGCGAUACCAGUUAGUGGACGGGAGGAAACAACAGAUUUAUGUGGUAAAUAACAUUGAACAUGAUCUUUAGCGUAAGCGUAAAGCAUAUUUUAGCUGUAGUAGAAGGCGUUUGUUUGAGGCUGUGGGCAGCCGAAAGCAAGCAACCGAAACCGAAUGAUGGUUAGUAGUAGUAGUUAGGAUGCAUUUUUCUUCAUUUUCUUCAAUGGAAAAGAAUAUGAUUCUCAUUUAAGAAGAAAAGUGGGAAAAUAAUUUUAGCUCGUAGUUGUAUUUAACACAGAAAUCAAAAAGGCGGUAGACACAAAUGGAGAAGCGAGUUGGAAACUGAUAGGUGAGAUAGAAAGCUGGCAUUAGAAAAGAUACAAUUCGUACAUCCUUCAUAACUGUACUGUAUUGGUGUGCGUGCGUGUGUAUGUGUGAACGUUCCCAACUUCCAUCGUUUUAUUUGUGUCCCUAGCGACGUUGCGUCUCCAUUGAGUGUUUGAAACAUUGUUCGGUGGAAUUCUAACCGUCACCUGCCCGUGGCGUGGUCGUUCCUUUUCGUUAGGUUUUUUUUGUUUGUUUGUUUGUUUUGCAUAUUAGAUUUAAUCGUGCCACUCAUAAUGUAAUGUGUUUAAUGUGUACUAAUAUUGUUUUUUUAUUUGCGACGAAAAACCCCCUAUCAGCCCCAGAUUGCUGUUGCUGAUGUAAAACAAAGAGCUAACCUGUAGAGCAUAUCCUCCCUCAUUACACCGUGCAAACCAGUGCUGCCAUAUUAAGAUACAACCUUGGACGGGAAUUUCGUUCCCGUUCUUACCCUGCUUUAUUUGCCUAUUUUUCUUUAGCAUUUUCUUUAUGUUUUUUUUUAUCCCAAAAACACAGCCAACAGGCGGCUUCCGGAGCCGCCCUGUACAUAUGUUUGUGUAGCUUGUUUAUGUAUCACGUGUGUUAAUGUGGUUUUAGUUUGGUAGCUUUUGUACAUAACACUUUGUCCGUAAUGUUGCCACAACAGCAUAGAGUGUUGCACCCUGUUUUCUAACAGUGCCAUCAAUGCCGAUUUGUAUAAGCGUAAGACGCGUGGCAGAUGCAGUUCACCUGUUCGCGCUCUUAUGCCUUAAACCCAGUUAAGCCGUCGUACCGAAUUUGCAGAUUGACACAUUGUCAGUCAGUAAGUCCAUGACUUACUUGCCCCCUCUCCCCUCGAAAGUAUUGCCCUUUGCCUUAUUUCCGGGCCGUAUGGAGCUAGUCGUAAUGCUUUAUUUUUAUAGUUUGUCUUCCCUUUUGAAUUUUUGCUAGCAUUUAAAUUCCUAACAGUGAAUGUGAACUUAACAGUAACUCAAUUUAGCAAUUCUGCUGUUGCAUUUCACUUGGUGGUGUAUUUGCUGCUAGUUUGCGUUUACUAAUCUGUGGUAAAACUUGGGCACAAGCGCACACGCACAGAGAGCAAAAGGUAUAUUUAAAUUAUGGGUAAAGUUAUGCUUUGACUACUGAAACAAGAAGAAAAAAAACACACACACACACUAAAUUAAAGGCUUUAAUAAAUUAAUCAUACAAAUGUAGGCUAUUCGAGAAAAAAAACACAACAGGGGAAAAAAAACAACCCCGUUAACCACUAAAAAAUCUUAAUUUAACGAAGAAAAACUUUAUUUUUUUAAUUUUCGCAUCAUUUUGUCUGUCUGUGUGUCUGUAUGUCUGUCCCUUCUCGUAUCAAACUUACUGAUUACCCAUCCCAUCGGAAUCGUUCUGUAAGAGCUGAGUGAAUGUGUGACACACAAACAGAAGCAACAUCAUUUAUCGUGUAGUAUUUUGUAUAAUUUAUAAUUUACUAAGGAAAACAACAACAUGAGAUCGAUCGUUGUCGAUCGUGACGAAGAAGAAGAUUAAGAAGAAGUAAACACGUAUUUCUAAUAAAUAAAAAAUAAAAAUAAGAAUACAUUCCACAUUCUGAGUUUUUAUUUUAUUUUUCUCCUCCUUUCCCUUUUUGUUUUACUAUUUAUUUGGUUCCUCUUUUAUAUGUUCUUCAGUUGAAUUUGGUUUGUAUAGUAAACGAAAAGGUUUGUAUCUUUUAUUUAUUUAGCUUUUCCCUUUUUUAUCAUUUUUUUCUCCUAAGAAUUAUGUACGUAACAGCAGUUGCCAAAUUACCAAUAUGUAAUUGCUUGUGGUCUCCAGCAGUACAUUCAAGAAAAGAAAACAAAUAUGAUAACACAAACAAAAACGAACGAGUGGCUUGCAGCGUCCGCAGCAUAAAGUGUCUCGUAGUUGAAAAAGUAAAUUUACAGGUGAAAAUGGCCUUAAAUUAUAUAGCAUUCAUUCAGCAGGCAUAGGGUGUAGUGAUGCGGCCGGCGAAGAAUAAGGAAAACAUUUACUCCCCAACUGAUUGAUUUUAUGCUCUGGAUAUGUUUGCCAAAGCGGGAAUGGUAAACAGAAAACAAAAAGACAUUCUAUUAGAGAUUUACAAAAUCAUUGUAUCAGUAUACAAAACAAAAAGAGAAAGCCAAAAGAUUGAAGGAAAAAUUGAUCUUAAUUUAAGCGAAAUCGGCCUAACCGCUGCUCGAGGUUUAGGUGAAACUAGGGAAGAAAAGUAUCGCAUUAAAAGAAGGAGAGGAAAAAAUAGAUCUUUAAAAA